GCCCAGACGCGACCGCUCUGGGCCGCGCUCCUCGCUCGCCCUCGGACUCCGCUCCGGCUGCGAGCGGCCGCCCUUCUCGCGCCCAGCGCCGACCCGCCGGGCUCCCUGCGCCAGACCAGCUCCUCGGCUCCCGGGGCCGGACCGAGGCCGCAAGCAGCGCCGCGGGGUGUGGGGCGGACUCAGGAGAUGAAAUGACAACGUCAACCCUCCAGAAAGCCAUUGAUCUGGUGACAAAAGCCACAGAAGAGGAUAAAGCCAAGAAUUACGAGGAGGCGCUCCGGCUCUACCAGCAUGCCGUGGAGUAUUUCCUGCACGCUAUCAAAUAUGAGGCCCACAGUGACAAGGCCAAGGAAAGCAUUCGAGCCAAGUGCAUGCAGUACCUAGACCGGGCAGAGAAGCUGAAGGAUUAUUUACGAAACAAAGAGAAGCAUGGCAAGAAGCCAGUCAAAGAGAAUCAGAGUGAGAGCAAGGGCAGUGAUAGUGACAGUGAAGGGGAUAAUCCAGAGAAAAAGAAAUUGCAAGAACAGCUAAUGGGUGCUGUUGUGAUAGAGAAGCCCAAUAUUCGGUGGAAUGACGUGGCUGGGCUGGAGGGGGCCAAGGAGGCCCUCAAAGAAGCUGUCAUUUUGCCAAUUAAAUUCCCACACUUGUUCACAGGCAAGCGUACCCCUUGGCGGGGAAUACUGCUCUUUGGACCCCCUGGCACAGGGAAAUCCUACCUGGCCAAAGCAGUGGCAACAGAGGCGAACAACUCCACCUUCUUCUCCGUGUCUUCCUCAGACUUGAUGUCUAAGUGGUUGGGGGAAAGUGAGAAGCUAGUCAAAAACCUGUUUGAGCUGGCCAGGCAGCACAAGCCCUCCAUCAUCUUCAUCGAUGAAGUGGAUUCGCUCUGCGGAUCCCGCAACGAAAAUGAGAGCGAGGCUGCCCGAAGGAUCAAAACGGAGUUCCUGGUCCAGAUGCAGGGGGUGGGAAAUAACAAUGAUGGGACUCUGGUACUUGGUGCCACAAACAUCCCGUGGGUGUUGGAUUCGGCCAUUAGAAGGAGGUUUGAAAAGCGAAUUUAUAUCCCAUUGCCGGAGGAGGCUGCCCGCGCCCAGAUCUUCCGGUUGCAUCUGGGGAGCACUCCUCACAACCUCACAGAUGCCAACAUCCACGAGCUGGCCCGGAAGACAGAAGGCUACUCGGGUGCAGACAUCAGCAUCAUCGUGCGGGACUCCCUCAUGCAGCCCGUGAGGAAAGUACAGUCAGCAACACACUUCAAAAAGGUCUGUGGCCCUUCCCGCACCAACCCUGGCAUUAUGAUUGAUGACCUCCUCACCCCAUGCUCACCAGGGGACCCGGGGGCCAUGGAGAUGACUUGGAUGGAUGUCCCCAGUGACAAACUCUUAGAGCCUAUGGUUUGCAUGUCGGACAUGCUCCGGUCUUUGGCCACCACUCGGCCCACUGUGAAUGCAGAUGACCUCCUGAAAGUGAAGAAAUUCUCAGAGGACUUUGGACAAGAGAGUUAAAAGCUUCUUCACAUGCGUGAAGGUGAAGGUGGGAGGUUGAUUGGGGUCAGUCUGUGGUACUCCCCAUGUCAGUGGCCAGACAGGGCUCCAGGGCUCGUCCUAAAGUCACUACAGCAUCCUCUCUGCUGUGAGGCCAUCAGCUGGGGGAGCAGGAAGGAGGGGCCUCCCUGGCCGUGGAGACGCAGAAGCACAUUCGGCACCUGGUGGAAUACUGGCUCUUCCUGCUUCCCCUCUUCCUCUCUGGAUGCUCACCACCUCCUUGUCCUGCCCCGCCAUGGUUUUUUUUUAAACCAUUCUUUGUUCCCCUAAAUUAAUGCUGCUUAGAUUUUCAUCUUGUUUAUAAAUAAAAUUAAAAUCUGCCCGAAGCGUCAAGGAGCGGGAGCAGCCUGUGCUGUGGGGUUGGUGCAGCAGACCUUAAGAACAGCUGGCCAGCGCCCGGCUGCCCGUCCCUUCUAGACCCAGGUUUUGCUUCGUGUGACUAGGAUGGCUGAUGCCCUGGGUCCCCAGCCCAGGCUCUGCCUGUAAAGGCCGAGAGUAAAUCCAAGCCAUUCGCUCCGUCUGGGCCCUGUGUCCUCCCUGCAGGAGGAGAGGAUGGUGUUUGUGAGCACACAGCUGUGUAGAUCAGAACGCUGCGUGAAGGCAGUCAGGUGGGUGCCACUACUGCCUUCUCUUCCCUCUGAAUGUGAGAACACUGAACCUGGCCACUGCCCCCCAGUCCCUGUCCUGGAAAUGGGCUAAUAAAUCCUUUUCCUUUCUUGA